GGCACGCAACACACCUGACGCUUGAAUCAAACGGUGAGUCAAGGAAGAAGCCUCUGUUGACUAAUAAAACAACUUUCAAGCCAAAAUAAUUAUAGAGAACUUCCAACUUUCACUUAUAUGUUUCUAAACUUUUAACGUGCUGGUUUUUGUUUGAUCAUGGCGUCGAGGAUCGAUCAGCUCGCGAAGCCCAAAACAAACCUGCUCAAAUUCCCGGACAGGCGCUCGGUGUACUGGCUUGAUGAGCUACCAUCCAGACCAAAAAGCUCCACGACUGCCUUCGAAACAACCCCUCGUUUGGAGAAGCUCGUCCAAAGCAAACGACCAAUCCAUUUUUAUGAGGACAACAGUGAGUCUGAUAUACGUGUCCUUGCAGAAGAUCAGUGGAGUGGGUUGUUAGUGCAGCUGCGCUGAAGGCUUGUCCCUCUCAGAGGGUGUGUUCACUGGCACUGCCACGGCCACCUGCUGAUGGAUGGCAGCCUGACCGCCCUCUCAUGGACACUUUGAGUGUUGCGGUUAAAACGGCCAAACCGAGUCCAAGGAUCUGUUAUCUGGCGCAACCGAAGCAAAUAAAGAUGACAUUAACACACUUCAGCGUGGAGUCCAGUGAGCACGAGAUUGGCAUCAGCACUACCCCCUCCGCCCGCCUGCUGCGGCUGGCCUCUCCUAAGCAGGUGCAUCCGCAGCAUACACUCGCCCGCUCUGUUUCCUGGCCAAUUCCAAAACACGUACUGAAGGCUGGAGCCAGCGAGAGGCUGCAGGUUCUGGCACGUCCUAAAACCCGUCAGGCCCUGUUUGAAGGCUACAAUCCAUACCGGGUCAGUCCUGCCGCCGGCUCCGCCACCGCCUCCCCCAGACUACUGGAGCUGUCAUUACCCCUGCCGCGCAAAUGCAGAGAACAGUAAACCAGCAUUUCAGCCAGCCAUCACUACUGAGGCUUUUGGGAACAUUUUUAUCAUAUGCACUGAGAUAAAAAAAAAUUCUGCUGAAUGUACAAAAUGAUAAAUUAUUAGGCAAGGCAAGCUUACUUCUAUAGCACAUUUCAUACACGAUGGUAAUCCAACUUGCUUUACAUAAACAAGAAUAAAAGAAACAUUAAAUACAAUGUAAGAA